UACCCAUCUUUCCGUCCGAACUCGCUUUACGUGCAUCGCACGUGCGAUACCCUCAACCCAUAUAAUAAUUCCCAUCUCCAUAUAAGAUUAGGGCUCGUUCGGUCUCGUGUGAUUUCUGAUCGGAGGAGGACGAACGCGGUCGGCUGCGGCUCUUUCGGGCAGGUUACGGUGUCUGUUUAGUAUCAAUUCCAUCAGUCAUGACUGGAAAGGCAAAGCCGAAGAAGCAUACGGCCAAAGAGAUAGCGUCAAAGGUGGAUGCGGCGACUACGAACAGAGGGGGAGGGAAGGCUGGGCAAGCCGAUCGUUCUGGGAUCGAGAAGGGCGGCCAUGCCAAGUUUGAAUGCCCUCACUGCAAGAUCACUGCCCCUGAUGUCAAAUCUAUGGAGAUUCACCAUGAGGCCAAGCACCCCAAGAUCCCCUUUGAUGAAACCAAGAUCUCCAACUUGCAUGCCACCCAUGUCGUCGAAUCCUCCAAGGCUCGCCCUGGCGUCCGUGGCAGUUACAAGAAAUAGCCACAUCUCCCCCUUUUCCACCUAGCUCUUUUCAACCCUUGUCCUGCCAGCUGUUGGGUUUGUUUGGGGACGUUAGAUCACCUGCUACAACUUCUUCUUCUACUACUUUUACUACUACUUGUCCUUUUUAUUACUUCGUACCAUGGAACAAAGAGAAUGUGUUACUUGUCUAUGCUGCAAACAUGUGCUCUUUAUGUUUA